UCUCACUCCAGUCUCCAGUGCCUUCGUCUCGACACGUUUGCAUUGCAGCAGCUCAUAAGUUUCUUCUUCGUUUCUGCUCCCAGUGCUAAGGCAGCACAGUCGUUCGUCGCCAUGCCAGGGCUCACCAUCGGCGACACCGUCCCCAACCUGGAGCUGGACUCCACCCACGGCAAGAUCCGCAUCCACGACUUCGUCGGCGACACCUAUGUCAUCCUCUUCUCCCACCCCGGCGACUUCACCCCGGUCUGCACCACGGAGCUGGCAGCCAUGGCCGGCUACGCCAAGGAGUUCGACAAGAGGGGCGUCAAGCUGCUCGGCAUCUCCUGCGACGACGUGCAGUCUCACAAGGACUGGAUCAAGGACAUCGAGGCCUACAAGCCUGGGAACCGCGUGACGUACCCGAUCAUGGCCGAUCCGAGCCGCGAGGCCAUCAAGCAGCUGAACAUGGUCGACCCGGACGAGAAGGAUUCCAACGGCGGCCACCUCCCGUCCCGCGCGCUGCACAUCGUCGGCCCCGACAAGAAGGUGAAGCUGAGCUUCCUGUACCCGGCGUGCGUGGGGCGGAACAUGGAUGAGGUGGUGCGUGCGGUCGACGCGCUGCAGACGGCGGCGAAGCACGCGGUGGCGACGCCGGUGAACUGGAAGCCCGGCGAGCGCGUCGUCAUCCCUCCCGGCGUCUCCGACGACGAGGCGAAGGAGAAGUUCCCCCAGGGGUUCGACACCGCCGACCUGCCGUCCGGCAAGGGCUACCUCCGCUUCACCAAGGUCGGCUAGAUCAUAUCGAUAUCGACCUCGCUCUUCGUACAUCAUGUGCGCCACGCGUGCGUGAUAGCGUGUGCUGGCGUGAUGACUAUGCGAGAUGCAUCCCUGUGUGUGUUGGUGUGGAUAAUGCCGCUACGUUUGGAACAGUAGUGCAUUUACUCUGUGCUACUGUCUGAACUUUGGCUGUUUGGCAGACUGUUUAUGUACCCGUAUGUUCGCCCCUGUACUAAUAGAGUGGGUGUUGUGGUUGGCAAGUA